CACCCUUAACUGGUACACUUGAGUCUCAGGUGAAUCUGUAGAGAGACUGUGCUCCACAUACAUAGACUUUAUACAACGGAUGAAGACUGACACUUCAAACAAAAUUCGCUUUCUUCACAAAGUCCCCCCGUCCCAUGAGACUUACUGCGUUAUGAAAUUACACUCUUUUUUCCUGCUGAUUUACUUGGGGACCUUCUGUGUGGGAUCAGCUGCCUUUAGAAAUACAACAUGUGCAAGAAGAGAUAUGUGCGAUCCGGAGCCGGAUGCAACAUCUCAUUUCCUGCAAUGUGCCGGGCUGCCUCCAACAGACACCGGCAGAGACCACAUGCACCGGCUAAAAAGAAUCCUUGAAGGCACCAUGGACAUUUACACUUUCAUGAAAUCCAGCUUAAAUGGUGUGCCAUUGCUGUCUCUGGAAGGAGAACUGGAGUUAAACGGGAGAGCAGAUCCACUUCAAAAUGAAGCCCUGGUCCAAAUGUGGCUGGAGAUCAAGAUGAAACCGCUGCUGAAAUCCAUAACCAAGCAUUUUCUUUCCUGCCUCAGUACCAAGAAUUUCAGCUGCUCCACUUACCAGACUGUGGUAAAAGAGUUCAGUCAACAUUACUCAGAAAUGAAUCCAGCUCAGCAAAAAUGGAUCUACACAUUCUUCAUGUAUCCAUUCCUGUCAGGAGACGGAAUUUAUGGUUGUGCGGACACAGAAGAAAGCAGUGAGGAGUGGCUGAUGAAGAAUUUUGGUGCUUUCAGAGCAAUGGCCAGAAUGAAGGACUUCUCUGCUCUCAACAUGGUUUUCAGUGGAGUGGAAGUGCUUCACCUGCUGUCUCCUGCACAGAAAGCAGAGCUACUCAUGAGGCCUGAAGUGGAACGCUUUGAAAAUGGCACCCUAUCCCUGAUCUUCCACAGUUUGUUAACAGGAGGCUCUGAUUCCACACCCACUGCUCGCCCCGGAGGUGACCAGAGCUGGACAACACCUGCAGAAUCAUCUACAUUACCUUCCUAUUCAACACAGCCUGCACAUCAGUCUCACCACCUGUCUCCACGUGAAAAGCUCAGAAAGAUCCUGAAUGGAGUUAUGACAGCUGUCAAACCCAUUGGGAGCUUUGUACAUGAUUUCAUGUCCUUCACGCGUCAGAGAAAUGUGUCAGACCUAAGAAGCACCACAAUGACUCAGUUCCUGCUCAACUGGACUUUGGCUGAACUGGCUGACAUGUAUCAUCCAAAAGACAAAGUUCCAAAAGAACCACAGUUUGAUGUGACAAAUGUGGGGGAUUGGUACCAGCAGGUUGUCAUACCGUUGCUUCAGAGGUUUAUCACAAAUAAUGAAAUCCUGGAGCAUCAAAGCAUCAAACUUGCUUUUCACCAACUUUUCUAUUUGGACAAUCCUGCAGGCAAUGAAUUCUCUGAAAACCCAGAAAUUGAGGAUGUCUGUAGCAUCACUCUUGAUAAGACCCAUUGUGGGCUGACUGAUGCAGUGGAAAAUGUGGCUCAUGUUUUGCAUUGUGCUGCUCGCACAAACCUGACAUUGAAUGAGGAAACAAUAAUGAGACUGAUUCUGGAGCUGACCAAACGUCUGAACCUCCUGAUCAAGGAACUGUUCAACACUAACUUCAAGGAAGUGUCAUCUGAAAUAAAGGAGAUCUUUGGUGAGGGUGAAGCUCCAUCUCUGACCCAGGAGCACCUGAAUGACCCCAACUUCAUUCAGCUCUGGUUCCAGAUUAAGCUGCUGCCCCUCCUGCCUGAUGUACACCCAGAUCUCUUGUCCUGUCUGAGCACCAAGAACUUCUCCUGUCCUGUUUACCAAAGCCUAGUGUCAGCACUGGGUGAAUCCAUGAGUUUCAUGGAUGCCGACCCGAUUUACAGUCAGAACAUCUAUAAAUACUUCAUCUAUUCUUUCCUGCAGCAACACAACUUCUCUGAAUCUCAUUGUUCAGCCAAUAACAGUGCAGAAUGGUUGGAAAAGAAUGUUGGCUUCUUCUCAAAGUUUGCUUCCAUCAUUGAUUUCUAUGAGCUCAACCCUAAUUUCUAUGGAUUGGAAGCUCUUCAUCUUCUGACUCCAAACCAGACAGCAGAGAUGCUGCUGCUGCCUCUGCGUACUCCACCAGAGAAAGAUGUUGUCAUAAACUAUGUGCUUAACUAUCUGAUUGAGUCACCUGAAGACAGGAAAUUUCUGGAAGUUAUGUAUUUUGUAAUCCAACUUGCUCAGAAGAUCAAUCCUCCCUGCAGCAUCUACACACUUCUUGCGGAUCAACUGUACAACGUCAUCCCAUCUCUGAGUCCAGACUUAGAACCAGUUGUCUGGGCUCUGAUAAAUGAUUUGAUCAAUAUUGUGCCAGAAGACUGCAAGACAAAGGAUAUGAUGUGUCCACAAACACAUGUUAACGGCACAGACAUUUGCAAAGACAUUGACAGCUCUGACCUGGAAUUCUACAUCAGCAUGUCCACCAACGUUCCUUGCAAUUUUACUCUGGAGAAAUAUGCAUGUGCACAGUUGGAGAAUUUUGCAGCUAAUCAGCUGGCUUCCCUCCUGAGAUGUGAUCUGCCCAGAAACAGCAGCCGCUCCAGAGUGUUGUGGAAAUUGCUGCUCACUAAACUCUCCAAUGUCUUGGAUCCAGCACUGGACCUGUUGGCUGGCAUGUCUAUGGUCAGUCCAUCAGCACCUGAGAUUUUGGAUGUCAUUGGAGAGAUGAGGCUCUUCCUGCUAACUAAUGAACAGCUGAUGGACAGCAAUGUGAUCAAGUUGUGGUUCUCAGAGCGUUUAAGUGGCUUCCUGCCGUCUGCCUCAGAAAUGUUCCUGCUGUGUCUGAGCAGCCGGAACCUCAGCUGUCAGUCGUACCAUCAGAUAGUGCAGGUGUUUAGUCGUCAGUUCAGAGACAUGACAUUCCAACAGCAGCAAACAGUCUUGAGGGAUUUUAUCCUCCGUUUCCUGUCAGAACCUCACACAGGUCCAGGCUGUGUGUCUACCUCCAACAGCAGUGCACAGUGGCUGACGGACAACCUUGGUUCUUUCUCAGAGCUUCUGUCUGUCAGCAAGAUGUUUGAUCUGAACCCACAGUUCAAUCCUAUAGAGGCUCUGAGUGUCCUGAGUCCAAAGCAGAGUGCAGAGCUGCUGGUGCUGAAAUAUCCCACUCUGCCAAACACAGACGUCAUUAUCAACAAGCUCUUUGAUUAUUUCACUGAGUCUCCAAGAGAGAGGAAGUUUACAGAGUUCCUCUCAUUCCUUGUCGUUUUCUUGGAAAUGGGAAAUGUGUCCUGUCCAUCAUACAAGACAUUGUUCACCAGACUUGACAACACCUCAACCACAUCUUUUUUGGACAUUGCAUCAUCCAUAAUGGACACUAAACUGGCUUUAACCAACUACAUUCCAGCUGGUUGCAUCAUAUACACUGGACAGUGCAAUGUUACCAUGGUCAAUGAAGCAGACUCCUGUUAUGGAGUCAACAGCACAGAGCUUCAGCUCCAACUGGACAGUGGAAAGAUGAAUGGACGUUUCUGUGACUUUCCUGUGGAGGAAUUUGCUUGUGCCUCUCUCUCAGCGUUAAGAGCAGAGGACCUGGCAGCAGUGAUGAAGUGUGGUCCAUCCUCCAGCUUAAAUGAGUCCAAACCUGUCUGGAAACUUCUCCUGGUUAAAUCAACCAGAGUGCUGGAUGAAGCUCUAGAUCUUCUAGCAAACACAACCUUUGACCCCAGCAGUCCCUCAGUGUCUGUGAUCCUGGACAGCAUAAGAGAAAUCCGACUGGACCUGUUCAGCACUGACGCCCUGAACAAUCCCUUCAUGCUGCAGCUGUGGUUCAACAGACGCCUUCAUCCAUUCUUACCAGCAGUUUCCACUGAUUUCCUCUCAUGUCUGGCAACAAAAGAACUGCAGUGCAGCUCCUACCAGUUUAUUUUGAAAAGUUUGAGCCAAGUCUGGGAGAAGAUGACUUUUGAAAAUCGAUCAUCUGUGUACACAAACUUAAUCAAGAUUUUCCUGUCCAGGAAUGAUACAGCAGGCUGUGUGUCUGCCUCCAAUAGCAGUGCACAGUGGCUGAGGGACAACCUGGGUUCUUUCUCAGAGCUUCUGUCUGUCACCGAGAUGUUUGAUCUGAACCCACAGUUCAAUCCUAUAGAGGCUCUGAGUGUCCUGAGUCCAAAGCAGAGUGCAGAGCUGCUGGUGCUGAAAUAUCCCACUCUGCCAAACACAGACGUCAUUAUCAACAAGCUCUUUGAUUAUUUCACUGAGUCUCCAAGAGAGAGGAAGUUUACAGAGUUCCUGUCAUUCCUUGUCGUGUUCCUGGAAAUGGGAGAUCUGUCCUGCUCUUCAUACAAAACCCUGUUCAGUAGACUUGACGAUGCAGCAGCCACAGGUUUUCUUGAUGUUUCCUCAGCCAUCACAAACAACAAAUAUGAACUUUCCAAGAAUAUACCAUCUGGUUGUGCCAUUUACAGUGGAGAGUGCAACGCCAUCACAGCAAAUCAGUCAGAUAUUUGCAAUGGAGUGAAUAGCACAGAGCUUCAGCUUCAACUCAGCAGUGGAAAGAUGAGCGGACAUUUCUGUGACUUCUCUGUGGAGGAGAUUGCUUGUGCCUCUCUUUCCGCAUUGACAGCACAAGAUCUGGCAGAGAUAAUGAGGUGUGAUCGAUCAUCCAGUUCAAGUGGGUCCAAUGAAGUCUGGAAGCUUCUUCUCUCUGAAGCUUCUGGGGUGCUGGAUGAAGCUUUGGAUCUUCUGGCCAACUCAAAAAUCAACCCCAAUAGCCCUUCGGCUUCCAUGAUUCUGGACAGUAUUCAAGAAAUCAGACUGAAUCUAUUGAGCCGCAACACUCUGAAUGAUCCGUCCACGCUCCAGUUGUGGUUCAACAGUCGACUUCGUCCGUUCUUGCCUGCUGUUUCCAGUUACUUCCUCUCAUGUCUGGCAGCUAAAGAUUUGCAGUGCAGCUCCUACCAAUAUAUUUUGAAGAUUCUAAGUCAAGUUCAGCCUCAGAUGAGUCUUUCUAAACAAGGACCUGUGUACACACACUUCAUCAAGAUUUACCUGAGUAGGAACAACACUGCAGAUCCUGGCUGUAUCUCCAAUAUCACCAGCAGCACACAGUGGCUCCAGAACAAUGUUGGGGGAUUUUCUGUUCUCCUUUCUAUAAAGAACAUCAAAGAGCUCUACCCACAAUUUUCUGCGAUGGAAGCCCUGUCAGUGCUGUCAGUCAGACAGCUUGCAGAGGUAGCUUCCACACCCGGCCAGCUCAUAUCUGCUGACCAGGUCACCAAGCUGAUGAGUUAUGUCCCUGACCAACAAUUGGCCUCCUUCUUUGAUAAUUUUUCACCUACUAUCUUGGGUCAAGAAAACACACUGCCCUCUGCUGUGAGGUCAGCCAUGUUGCAGGUUGUGUUUGAUCGCGCAAACCUCUCCAGUCCGUCAGUCAGUGAUGCAGUCGUGUCACUGUGGCUCCAAGAUCGACUCCGCCCCCUGCUGGUAAACAUGGCUCCAUACCAUGUUGCCCCAUACUUUAAUAUACUGGCAGGAAGAAACUGCAGCAUUGAGCAGCAAGGUGUAAAACUUCUCAAUUUAACCAUCUCAUCCCUGAGCAAUGACACACAGACAGGAGUUCAAAACCAAAUCAUUCAGUCUCUUAAAGGUCCAUCACCUCUCCGUUGCUAUGGGGACAACUACAGCUACAGCUUCUACAGUUUCCUGAGGAGCUCAUUCUUGGGAUUCCAGUUCCCCAACCUGACCACCUUCUUGUCCCUCAUUCCUCCAGACAGAAACCAACAGCUGAUAAACUCCAUGCCUCCAUCAGAUCUUGGGGAUUUCUUGCGUCACACAAAUGUUGUUGGACAAGAAUCACAGCUUUGUCAGCUUUACAGCAGCUACCUCCAGAUACCAGUGUUUCUAGAAACUGAGUCUCUGCCAGAGCAGGUGAGACAGAGAACUCUGCCUUGCGUUUGGCCCAUUGCUCUCAGGAGCUCCAGCAGGUCAGAGGUCAACGCCUGGUUUGAUCGAGGUCUCCCCAACUACUUGGUCUUCCUCACAAAGACUCAGAUCAGCCAAAUCACCUCAAUCAACGCCUCAUGUUUGGCCUUCCAGAAGAUUGUUUCUGCUCUUGGUUCCUACAACUACUCUGUUACUGACUUCACCAACCAAGAUGUGUACAACACCAUCAAGGUUUAUCUGUCAUCAGGGACAGUGCCAAGGUGCUACAGCAGCAACAACCCAGAACUGAACUCCACAGCUUGGUUUGCAGAGUACAUCGGCUCUUUCAUAACUUUUCUCACUGUUGCAGAUUUUCAAUCACUGGGAUCUGAUCAGGACCUGCAGCUGUUCACAGUGAAUCCUCAGAAUCUUGCGCUCCUCAAUCAGUCUUACGUGGAUCUGAAUCUCAUGAGCUACUACAUUCAGUUAGUUUAUCAGCAAGACAUCAACUUCAGUCCACUUCUCCUUCCUUCAUUGGGUCAGUGCUUUGCUCCUGGCUCUGUGUUCACCCAGCUGACUCCACAAGAAAGUAUUGCAGUUUUAGAAAAUGUCAACAGGGUCUGUACAGACCUAGAUCCACAGAUCUCUGCUGCUUUGGCAAGUAAUUUUGGUGAGAAUAUUGAUGCAACAGUUAUUUCUGCCAUGGGUAAUCAAAGCAUCAGUAUGUCCAUAGGCCAGAUAAGAACCAUAAAAGCCUUAGAUCUGCUAAAAUCACUCAGCAUUCUCAGCUCUGUGAUUGGUUGGCGAGAAGGACAAGCUAAGCUCAUUAUUGAGAUUUUGAUGACUUCAGGCGUGUUGAAGGUUAACGGCUCAUCAUCGCUGGCAACCCUAGGCUCUCUUGUCAUGGGUUUGCCGUCCAGCUUUUUCAGUAGCAUCAGUGGAUCUGAGCUGAUAACUGCAUCCAAAAACCCAUCAACCUUGAUGUACCUGAUGUCUGCUCCACAGAUUGUUCUGCAAGCUUUUAUUGCACAGAUUGUAUCUCUGGACACCAACAGUGUGAAAAUCAUAGAGAAUGUUCCAGAUGAAUUGGCCACUGAGAUUCCUCGAGUUUACCUGCAGCAGUUCACAAGUGACAGCAGCACCAUCUUCAGACUCAACAAGAAGACAUGGAAACGGCAGCAGGUUGAGCUGUUUUUUGAUUUAAUAGCAGCAGAAUCUUCUACUGCCAUACUUGGAGGUCCAAACAACUUGUCCUCCACUGUGCUGCAAGGGUUCACGUGCACAGGAGUGGGGCUAUUUGGAAAAGGACAGAUCAAUAAGUUGGUUAAGGCCUGUAGAAGAAAAGGCACAAAGAAAGUUUCACUGGUUGAGACUCAGCUGACCUGCAUGUACAACCAUAUCAGAGGAGAGUCAGAUGUCACCAGCUUUUCCCUCUAUCCUCCAAAUGUGUUGCUGUACUAUGAUUACUCUCUGGUGCCACAGAGCAGCUGCCGGUCAUAUUUUGAAGAGCUUGCAGAUGCAGACUUCUCUGUUUUCUCUUCAGUUCUCAGCUAUAAACAGACUGCUCUGUUUAACAAUGCAAGGAGCUGCCUGGGAAUAACGAACACAAGUUUGAAUGCAGAUCAAGUAUCAGUUUUGGGAAACAUGUGCUGCAUGCUAGAUGGUUCCUACAUUCAAAACUCGGACCCAUCCAUCCUGGAAAAACUCAAAAACUGUCCGGAUCUCACUGAUGCUCAGGCAACUGCAAUUGUAACCCUUCUGACCAAUGGGAAUACCAAAUAUGGGGCUCCUUCAUCAUGGAAUGGGCAAACUCUUAAAGACCUGGGGAUGUUACCUUUGUAUUUGCCCUCGACUUUCUACAAUAAUUUUGACAAAAAAACGAAGCGCAGUUUCUUGAAGUACUUUCUGAAUGUUUUAAAAACUAACAGUGUGAGCAGACAGAAGAGGAGAAAUGUAAAAGCAAAAAUUAGAAAGUCCAUACAAAGUAAAUCAAAGCGAGCUGCAGAUUGCACAGUAGGGACUAUCAGUCAGGUUACAAUCAGUGAUCCCACUUUCCCCUUUGAUUAUGAUGUGAACCAAUUCAACAGCUGCCUGACAGCCAAAACUGUCAAAGACAACUUUGAUUCCAUCACAGCCAAGGUGGAUGAAGUGGAAUACCUUCAAAUUGUUCUCCAGAAACUGCAAGAGGCUUACAACUCCACUGUCCCUGAAGAUCAGGUUCAGGCUUUAGGCCCAGCAUCGCGUGUUGCCACUACUGCGGACAUCAGCUCAUGGACCAUCACUCAAGUGGACACACUUUCUUCUUUGAUGAACUCAUCAAAUGGAGAUUGGGAUUCAAACUUGGCUAAAGCCAUCAUCUCCAAGUAUCUGGCUGUGACAGGAAACACACUUGGCCGAGCAGAGCUAAAUGCUAUCGGAGGAUCUAACCUCUGCUCUCUAGACGUGAGCGUUAUCAAGACCAUUUCAAAACAAAGCUUAAAAGAAGCUGAUGCCCUGAACGUAACCAGCUGCACCACGGAGAAAAAGCAAGAACUUUUUAACAUUGCCACUCAAUCAUUCAGGAGCAUUACACGAACAUCUCCCUCUUACUUGCUCGCACAACCUUACCUUGGAGGUGCAAAUAUUACCUACAUUAGAAGUUUGGUGACUUCCAAUGUUAACAUGGACCUGGCUACCUUUUCCAAUUUAAAUCAGAAUGUUGUGCUGAGUUUAACUGUAAGUGAAGUAAAAAAUCUACUUGGCACCAAUCUGCCAGAUUUGAAGUCUUAUGAAAACCAACCACUGGUACAAACCUGGAUCAGAAGUCAGUUACAGUCAGAGCUAGACACUCUGGGUCUGAAUCUGUCUGGAGGCAGAGCUGACCCCGUAACCAACACAACCAGUUUAACAGCAACAACUACAACGACAACAACAACAAAAACAACUGGAACAACAACAAGAACAACAAGUUCUACAACCAAAGGUAGUGGAGUCCGCUUCCAAGCCGACGCUGGAUUCUCCUUCCUUAUUUGUCUGGCACUCUUCAUUACAUCUCAGUUGAUCACAAUAUAAAAAAAAACAGCAUGCCAAUGAUUGAAUCAUAAAAAUGUUUAAAUUGUCAUUAAUUUAAAAAAAAACACUAAUUUACGACGAGCUGAAACAAAAAAUAUUUAAAAUGUUUUGCUUACUAUAAUGACCUUUUCAUGUGCAAUAAUGGGUUAAAUUCAGCUAUGGAGAGUCUUUAAUUACUUUUUACCUCAAUUAAUCUGUCCUGAAGCCUUUCCAGGUUAUUGUUUUAGAUUCCAAUAUUUGCUUUUUGUGCUGAUAGUAUUUAUGAAACAACAUGUACAUUAAUUUCUAGCAUUACAAUCUUUUCUAUGACAACAAGACAAAACCAUAAUAGAUAAUCUUUAAUUUACACUAUUUCCUGUUAUUGUUGCCAUUUAUGAGUUCACUGUUCAAAACACAAUUAUUUUUGUUCCUGUCAUUAAAUAUGCUGCACUUUUCAAUAAAUAGCCAUUGUAUGUAAAUCUUUCUUCUGUAGUAGUUCUUAAUUGUUUUUUGGCAGGAUCUGUCCCAGGGGGUUCAGACUUUUAAACCUUGGAGGAUCUGUCAGGGAACAACAGUGUUUACAAAUGUAGAGGAAGAAGUAAAAGUAAGAGAUAAACAUAAAGUGAUUUGCAUGCAAUGUGUUAACUAUUGUAAUGCUUAAUUAAAACACAAUCUAAUUAAAGAACAAAACCCA